AUGGCCGACAAACUGCGCGCGCAGCAACAACUCGAGGCUCUCCAGGCCCGCUACAUCGGCAUCGGAAGCGCAGACACUACCAAGCACGAAUGGACAUCGAACAUCGCGCGCGACUCGCUAUCGAGCUACGUCGGUCACCCGCCUCUUCUACAGUAUAUGAGCAUCGGACUGGGACAGCCGCGCGAAAAGACCAGACUGCAGUUACUAGAGCGCAUGGUCCGGCCUGUCGGGCCUCCGCCUGAGCAGCAAGAUUGA